AUUUCUAGUGUGAUUUGUUGUAUUGAUGAAAAACAGUAUAAUGUUUCUUGGAUGGUGAUGAAUCUAAGUGGAAAAUCAGGUAAAGCUGCAACACGUGGUCAAAAGCAGAUUUAUGAAGAGAAUCAAACUGUGAUAUUGCAUUACUCAAUUGCUUCCAUAUUUUCUUCGGCUUUCUACAUACUGAUUUCGUUACUUUUCUAUCUACGAACAACAUGGGAAUGGCUUGGAUUUUCGGUUUGUUGUAUGCUUCAAGUAGCAGCCAUUCUAACUAUGCGUUCUAUGGCACGAUGUCGUCGUAACGAAAAAGGUCAGGUAACGGAUGCUGGUUCAGACCUUAAUCAACCGGAUGGUUUUGGAGAGUAUUGUAAGGAUGUAGUGAUUUUAUGUUCAUUCGUUGCAAUAGCAUCAAUCAUUUGGUCUAAGAUUUUAUGGUUAUUAUUCUUAAUUCCGACUUAUAUACUAUACAAGCUAUGGAAAGUGAUCAUUGCACCGUGGUUUUUCGCAGAACCACUAGAGCAAGAAGACGAAAAGAAAAUUAAAAAACGUGAGAAGAGACUUCGCAAAGCAUGACAUAACCUUCCUAUUAUAUAUUAUGACGAUAUUUUGAAUUUUUUGGGAAAAAAUAUAUAUCUGUGAACUCGCUUCA